GUAGCAGUGGGGAAGGAAAAAACUGUAGGAAGCGAAGUCAAAGCGCGAGUAAAAAAUGUAUGAAUUUUUCCCGUGUUAAAAAAAAAAAAAAAAAACACUCCAAAUGGGAGGGGAAGAAACGGCUCACGCGAAACAACCCAAAUGAUGAAAUCAUUUGCGUAACAUUUUUUUCGUUCAAAUGGGCACAUACGGCAGUUUAAUUUUUUCCCCCAACUGAUGCCACACGAAGGUGAAGCGUUGCCUAUGCCGCGACAUAUCGUUGUCAGGUUGCACACGCAAGGACAUCCGCAAUGACGCACGUACGAUAGUGAGGUGCACUGCAGUACAGUGAAGAAGUACGUCUAUGCCCUAGCAGCGCAUGGGGUAUCUCUUCCCAGGAAUGUGAUUAGUAGAAGGAACAUAGGGGACAUUCACGCGAAUGUUGGUGGCCCAAAUGAGUGCUCCAGCAGAUCACACCCAAAGCAGCGGAGGGAAUAACAUAACUACGUUCGUACAAUGGAUCGAUAGCAUCCUCACCUCGGACAUCUUGGUGAACGCGCGUUUUUUGCGCAUAGAAGAUGAGAAGGGGAAGAAGAGGAAGCGACAGGAAAGUCUCGAGGAGGCAGCAGCGGAUAAGGUGAGAAACGCAAAACGGUUUCGAUGCGAAAAUGGGGAAAAUACGAGCAAAACGUUGGAGGGGGAUGAGGAAGACAGAGGUAACUAUCACAGAGGGGGAAAUAACCAAGUUGCCAGCCCCCCCCUUUACCGCAAUGUUAAGAGGUCAACACAGCUGUACCCUUUAGAACCUGAUGAGAGCAAAAUGCUUUUUCAGGCGGAUCAAGAAAAUGAGCUUAUCGACAGGGAUAGAAUGCUCCCCAGGGGAAAACCCCCAAAUGAUGAUUCGUCCUCAUGUGACAUAUCCGAAAUAGAAAGCGACGAAGAAUCCGAUGGAGGGGUGGCGAAGUCGGGGGGUAGGGACGCACAAGAAAGGAGUUCACUCGCUGUUAAAAAGAAUUACCAACAGGGGGGCAGCGAGGAUGGCCAUAUUCAUGUGGAGGUGAAGGGAGGCGUUCCUGGCCCAUUUGUCUACGAUAUAACGAGCAGUCUUAUGUUUUACUCGUCGGAUGAGGAUGCCUACGAUGGGGAAGACGGCAGUGGGGAUGAAGAAAAGAGUGUCGGCGAGGAAACGUCCAGGAGGUCCAACUGUGUGCCCUUUUGCCUAAACUACGAUCAGAUGGAAAAAAAUAUAACGACCAUGAAGGAGAUGGACGAUGAAUUUUACAAGCUAUCACGGCAGGACCACCAGCAAGGGGAGAGUGUGAAGGACCGGGAUGACACUCGAACGACUGCUCCUGCGGUCACUGCGAAGGUUGACGGGGAAAACAAUCCCCCCCGCGAGGAUCAUAUGCGCAGUGGCGGGAAAACGGGCACCUCCAGCAACGACAACAGUUUGGCGGCCAACCGGGAGGAAGGCAACAACGUUGGGAAUAGCGUCAAUAGCGUCAGCGGCAAUAAUGGCAAUAGCAGUGCUGCGAACUUGAAGGCGAAGAAGCAGGAGGAAUCAUCCCAAAAGAACGCGGCCGCGAAUUUCUCCUUCUGGAAUGUAGCACACGAAACGUACGUAACGAGACCCCUGUACGCACAACACUUGAAAAAGGAGCAAGUCUCAUUGUUGGAAGAAUCUGAAGAAAUGGUCAAAAGCUUUUCCGUUAAUAAGUACUCCUUAAAAUUUGUGCCAAGACAUUUGCUUUAUGUGGUGAGUCAAGUAGCAUCCCGGACGUUUUUCGACCCCCUAUAUCGGAAGAAGUUGUUUCGUCAUUAUUAAUUUUUUUUUUCCCGCAAGUGGAACAGAAAUUUUGUUAUAAAAUUUUUUUUUAUUUUCCUCCUCUUUUUUUUGUACAUGAAAUUAUUUGGCCGAAUGAAAAAGGCCAUCAAAAAGGGCAUCAAUAUGAAUUUCCCAAUUGGGGGUAC